AUGGUAAAAAAAAAUGCUGAUGGAAGUUCAAAAUUAAGUGCAAAAGCCAGGAAAGCUGAACGAGAUCGAGAAGAAAAAGCUAGAACCGCUAAGGCUAUUGAGGACGCCUCUUGGGAGGAGAGAGACAAAAAAGUUUUACAGAAACUAAAACGAAAGGAAGAAGAUGAAAGAAGGAAACAAGAAGCUGAGGAAAGGAGAAAAGAAUUAAAAGCUGCUUAUGAAAAAGAAAUGGAAAGUAUAGCGGGAAAAACACAAACGUCUCAAAAAAAAGUUACCCAUCACCAAUUGCUUCUUGAAAAACAACGUCUUGAGGAAGCUUUAAAACAGAAGGAAGAAGAGAAAGCAAAAGCACGCGUCAAUAUAACAAUACAAACAAAUGAGAUUGAAGAAAACUUGAAUAGAUUUACCUUAGACGAUUCUUGGGCAACCAGUACUGAUCAAGCAUUAAACGUUUUAAGUGGAUCUUCAACACCUACCGGUGGUAAAAUGGGUUCAAGAACAACAUACACUGAAUUUGAAAGUAGACGUCUUCCAGAAUUAAAAGCAGCCAAACCUAAAAUGACAUUAUCACAAUUGAAAAAUGCUGUUAGGAAAGAAUGGAUGCGUUCACCAGAAAAUCCAUACAAUGCCAAUUCUACAAAUAAAACAAUUAUUUCAUAA